AUGGAAAUUAUUUCCAAUAAGAUUGAUAGGAAACAAUUGAAACGUGGUGAUCACAUCUACUCUUGGAGGACGGCUUACCUCUCUGCACAUCAUGGAAUAUAUGUUAACGAGAGAAUGGUAAUCCACUUCACAACUAGAGCAAGACAACAACCAACUGGAGCAUCUACUUCUUUCAGCCUCUUUACUAGUGCAGCUUCUUCUUUUGAUACCAACAUCAUUCCAUGCCCAAUAUGCGGUGAUCGCAGGGAAACAACGACCAAUGAUGGUGUCUUCUCAUCCUGCUUAGAUUGUUUCCUUUCUGGAGGUGAACUACACCGCUUUCUGUAUGGUGUCAAUAAACUGCAUUUUCUAGUCCAAGCUCGAGGAGGUACAUGCACCCUUGCUUCUUCUGAUCCAACAGAAGAAGUUGUUUACCGUGCUAUUUAUCUUCUUGAAAAUGGUUUUGGUGACUACCAUGUCUCCAAGAAUAACUGUGAAGAUUUUGCAAUUUAUUGCAAAACAGGUCUCCGAGUAAUCACAGAUGACAGUGUAGGUGGUGGAAGUGGACAAGCCGCAUCUUACUUGGCUGCUGCUUUCAAGUCUGUAGGUGGUGUAAGUGGACAAGCUGCAUCUUACUUGUCUGCAGUCAAGUCCGUAGGUGGUGCAAGUGGACAAGCCGCAUCUUACUUGGCUGCUGUAGGCGGUGGAAGUGGACAAGCUGCAUCUUACUUGUCUGCUGUCAGCUCCGCGGCUAAUUAUUAUAGUCCUGCAGUGGUUGGACUUGGUUGUAUAACAUACAGCUGGGAAAGAUUGGCUUCUGAUAUUGGAUUUCGCAAAGAUGUAACUAAAGUUCCAGUAGAAAGAGUCUCUGAGAUGGCUAGAAGAGAAAACUAG